AUGGAUCGGUCGCGUUUGUACAAAAAUAAGAGCAAAGACAACGAAGAGUUGCGGAGGCGAAGGAUUGAUCAAUCCGUAGAAUUGCGGAAAGCCAAAAAGGAUGAACAAUUGCAAAAGAGACGGAAUGUUUUAGAAGGUGUGGACGAGACAUCGCCACUGAAAGAGAAACAAACUCCGAGCACAGAAGCAAUAAAUUACGACAAAAUUGUGUCUGAGAUGGGUAGUCGAAGCCAGGAAAUUCAGCUGCAGGCCAUUCAGACUUGCCGUAAGACAUUGUCACGGGCGAAGAAUCCGCCUAUUGACGAAUUUUUCGAUCGUGGUGUUGUCGGUCUGCUUGCAGCUGCUCUUGACGCUAAAACCGACGCAAUAGUUUUCGAGGCUGCCUGGGCCCUAACCAACAUUGCAUCGGGAGAGUCCCAUCAUACGCAGGGUGUUGUUGACAGUGGAGCCUCUCCAAAGCUGAUACGCCUUCUUUUCCAUAAGGACAUACGGAUUGCGGAGCAGUGUAUCUGGGCCCUUGGGAACAUCGCCGGCGAUGGCACUUCUCAAAGAGACAUGCUCAUUCGUAUGGGCGUUGUGGAACCCACAUUGCGUCUUCUUGACCGAGCGUGGGACAGCCCUGGUGUCGUCGCCAACAUAGCAUGGAUGCUAUCAAACUUGUGUCGCAAUAAAAACCCACACCCUCCGCGCGAAACUGUACAAAAGCUCCUUCCAGUUCUAAAAAAAUUGUUGGGAUAUACCAAAAGCGUAGAUGUCGUUAUUGAUGCUGCUUGGGCGUUAUCCUAUGCGAGUGAUUCUGCGAAUGAUUUCAUCAAUGACAUUCUCGCUAGCAACUGCGUGCCGACUCUGAUCAAGCUGCUGGGAUCCGGAACGCCUGGAUUGAUAUCACCGGCUCUACGUGCGAUCGGGAAUCUGGUUUUGGGUGACGAUGACCAGACUCAAGUGAUCGUUGAUGCAGGGGUGUUGGCAUACAUACCCAAUCUGCUCAAUUCGGACAGGUCGAGCAUCAUUAAAGAGUCCUGUUGGAUGUUAAGCAACAUAACUGCUGGGAGUAUUCCCCAAAUACAAUCCGUGAUCGACGCAAACGUUGUCCCCCGUGUUUUGGAACUCGUGCUCAAGGAAGAAUUCAAGAUCCAAAAAGAGGCCUGUUGGGUCAUAAGUAACAUGAUCAACGGUGGCUCUCCCGAGCAACGAGCGUACCUCCUAAAUCAGAAUGUUCUGGCUGCCCUAAGCAGACUCUUGACAGUUUCUGAUGUUCGUGUUCUUGUCCUGGUGCUCGAGGCUAUCCGGCGGUUGUUUGAGACUGCAAGCGAAUUUGGACAGCUUGAGCAGUGCUGCCUGUCUCUAGAGGCCUGCGGAGGUUUGGACUCUCUUGAACAACUCCAGGACCACAGCAAUGAACAGGUUUACCAGGCAGCCUACGAUAUGAUCGUAACCUUUUUCAAUGAUGCGGGCAACUCCACCGCAGAAGCAGCCGAGGGCGAGGAGCCGAAUGUCCCCAACGACUCUACAGAAUUUCAUUUUGUUCCGCAACCGACACAGACCGGCUCUACAGAUUUCGAAUUUUAA